GUGCUACUACUCGUCUACUUGCGCCGGUCGAUGGGGAAAUCGAUCGAGAAGAGGCAUGCAUGCAGGGAGGCUGACUGAUAGAUAGAUAGAUGAAGAGAUAGUUGGGGAGGCGUCGCCGUCGCUCGCACGCUCAUAUUCCGUCAAAGCCUGUCUCUUUUGUUUAAUCCCCGGCCCCUAUCGCAGCGUGCGCGCCCACGUCCCCACGAACCCAACGUCUCGUCACGACGACACAUGAUAGUAGUACAUCCAUACAGGCACACACACACACGGCUUCGUGCUAGUUUAGUUCACUCGCUUUAUAUCUCUCCCCGCGGCCGGAUCGUUGCCUUGUCCGUAGCUGGUGGCAUCGUCGAUCCAGGGACUGCUCCGGCCGGCCGCUUCGCAAUUCACACCCUGCUCUACUCUCUAGCUACUAGUGCUUCUUCGAUUAAUUCGUGCGUUCGUGCGUAUGGACGGCGAGUGGAGCGAGGGGGCGGUGUCGUCGGGGACGAUGUCGGGCGGCGAGCAGAAGGCCCGCGGGGAUGGCGUUUCGGUGGACUCCUCCGGCCCGGGUUCGGCGCCGUCGACGACGUCGUCGCCUAGCGGGAAGAGGCGGUCGUUGCAGAAGCGGGUGGUGACCGUGCCGCUCGCCGACGUGAGCGCGCCGCGGCCCAAGGGCGUUGGCGAGGGCAACACGCCGACCGACGAGUGGGCUUGGCGGAAGUACGGCCAGAAGCCCAUCAAGGGCUCCCCCUUCCCAAGGGCUUACUACAGGUGCAGUAGCUCCAAGGGGUGCCCGGCGAGGAAGCAAGUGGAGAGGAGCCAGGCCGACCCGGCCAUGGUGCUCGUCACCUACUCCUACGAGCACAACCACUCAACCGCGGUGGCGAACAGGGCGCAGCAGAACCGCCAGGCCCAGAAGCCCAAGGACCAGCCCGACCACCCAGCGAAAUCCGAUGACGCGCACCAAGGCACCGCGGCCAACGUUGUCAACGAUAGCCCGCCGGCCAUCGAGGUGCACGACGAGUUUAAGUGGCUCUACGACGUCGUCUCCGUCACCUCCUCGUCCUCCGACGUCGAGGCGGCCGACGACCUGCUGCUCUACGGGCCCAUGUUCUUCGGCAAAGCGGCCGUCGACACGCUCCUUCCCGACGAAUUCGGCUUCGGCGGCGGCGACGCCGCGGGCGGGGAAAGGAGCGAGGAGGACGACGCCAUGUUCGCGGGGCUCGGCGAGCUUCCGGAGUGCGCCAUGGUGUUCCGGCGGCAUGCUGGCGACGGGCUGGCAAUGUUGGGAGGGGUGAAGGUCGAGCAGCCGGCGGAGGGCACUGCCAUGACAUGAUUCUGCUCAUGCGGACAGACAUGCAUGACAUGUGGGUCCGGUCACCAAUAAGAUCGAACAGAUGAUUAAACUCGUGGAGUUUUGGUUUCUUGUUCUAUUGCCCCCUUCUGUCGGUUAGUUUCCCCCCAUUUCUUUUUGGUUCUUUGAAUCAUACAUUAGCACACAGAAAAAUCUGAGACAUUGCUAGCUGUUGCACAGAGUUGAUUGGUUGGCUAUUGAGGGAUUGAGAGGGACAAGCUAGUCCUUUUGUCAAUGGUUUGGUUGAAGCCUUUUGUUGUCUUGUACCGGUACUCAGCAGUAGAUACAGACAGAGAACAGGGGUCGGUUCUUUUC